GUGAACCCACAAAACAGAGCAAAGAAGACUUUUCGAGAAAGAAAGGAAAAAAAAAAAACAGAAGCCAUGUCGUCAUCUUUGAGCAACGACGGUUCACAACACGGUGAGUCAAACCCUUCGCCGGAAGUAGAUGGAGGCGACGGAGGAAACUACACGGCGUACGAGUCUCGAUUCCAAUCGCAGAGGUUUGACUCGUCCUUCUCCAGCUUCGAGAAAGACUUACAAGGCGGUGACGAUUCAUCUCCUUACUCCAACCAAGAAGAUAUCUCGUCGCAGAAGAUGGAAUUACCGGAAACUCAAUCUCUGCCGUUGAAAAACGGUUCUGAUGAUACUAACGGUCCCAUCUUGCCUCCUCCAUCGGUCAUGGAGAAAGAGGAAGGUUUUGCUCUCAGGGAGUGGCGAAGGCUAAAUGCUCUGAGGUUGGAAGAAAAGGAGAAGAAGGAGAAAGAAAUGGUUCAACAGAUUAUAGAAACAGCAGAGCAAUACAAGGCCGAGUUCAAUAGCAAGCGUAGCAUUACUAUUGAAUCUAACAAGAAAUCGAACCGCGAGAAAGAGAAGUUGUAUUUGGAAAGCCAAGAAAAGUUUUAUGCUGAAGCAGACAAAAACAGCUGGAAGGCUAUUGCGGAACUCAUUCCUCGUGAAGUACCGGUCUUAGAGAAGAAAGGGAAGAAGAAGAAGGAAGCUUCUUCUGUAACAGUGAUACAGGGGCCAAAACCAGGGAAGCCCACUGAUUUGUCUCGUAUGCGGCAAGUGAUCACGAGACUCAAGCACAAUCCACCUUCUCAUAUGAAGCCUAAAGUGCCACCACCAACAUCUGAAGUUGAACCGUGAGUCAAACGGUGUAGUUUGUUUUUGUGUGACAAGUUAACUUCUUUGUUUGUGUAAAACGUGUGUUAUUUGUUAGCUACGUCAUGUGUGUCAGUCUCGAAUUUUGUUUUUUUUGGCUAUGUUUCUCUGGUCUUAGCCUUGUUGGUUUCACACAGUUUUCAAUUUGGAUGUAUCUAUUCUAAUAAAACAGACGGCCCAAAAUAUGUGUACAUCUUGGUCCUGCCCAAAAGAAGAAUGGUUCGUUC